AGUGGUGAAAAAUCUAGAGUACCCAAUCAACCACCUCGUAUAAUAGAUCUUAAAGCUUAUGAUGACGGAACAGCAAUGGUUCAAAUAAUUCGUAGAAACACUUCUGCGACUCCUCCAACAGGAACUGUCUGUGUUGAAUCGUUAUUAUCAUUACGCAUUAUUCAUUUAAAUGGAAGCGUAACAGAAAUUGAUGCUGAUUUAGGGAUUCAAUACCUAAAUUAUUGUUUUCGAAGUGAUUAUGUUGAAGAAUUUUCAUACAUGAACCCAGUUACUAAUGCUUGGGUACCUAAUAAUGCCGCCAUAAGAAUGAAUAUUGAUCCUAGACAUGGAUUUCUCCGUUUUUCUCAAGUAACUAGGCAAAAUUAUUCUGAAUGGAAGCAAUAUGAUGUUUUUACAAACCUUGUAAAUUCCACACGAUCUAUUGUCACACCUUUUUUUAAUCCAUUUUACAUAAAAAUUCGUUUUCUCUCUUCAGGAUCGGUACUAUCUUUAUCAACAAUUGAACAAUUGACUCCUUACCCCGCUUCCGAAUAUAUAGUCCAUACACUAACUUAUGGAGGUUAUGCGUUAACGUCUUACAACCAAUCACGCGAUGGCUUGUCAUUAAAUUUUUAUCUUUUUUUGUAUGAUGAAUCAGAGAACCCAGUUAGAUGGGAAUUACCUGAACCGCAAUCCACUAAUUUUGCCGGUGCUAAUGAUAUCCUAAGUAACAACACUCUCCUGCUGGCUCGGACUGAAACUACAAAUUCUUGGAAUCAUGGAUAUCGUAAUUUCAUGGUUAACACGUCCAAUCCCGCAAUCAAUGCCACCAUUUCAUCGGCUACCUCUAACAUUUCUAUCACAUAUAAUGAUCAGGUUGAUCUAUCGCAAGGAAAUAUUACUAUAUAUCAAAUUAUUGAUUCUGGUAAUGUGAUUGCUCGACAAAUCGUCUCCGCUGCCUUUUUUGCUUCUUUAAAAAGUCAACUUUCUCAGUUCAUUCCUGUGAAAUUAGAUAGAUUAAGUUCAAGUGAAAAUUCUCAAGUUAUUAACGGUGGAACACCUUCAGAACAAGCUAUAAUUUCGAUUGAAAUCAGUGAGCCGAAAAAUAAUUCAGAAAGAAAUGUUCCCUUAGUUAUACAAGAUUUAAAUACCAUGGUACAAAACAGUGCUAUUACUAUGAUCUCUCAAGGGAAUGUCACAAGAUAUUUAGAUGGUGGCUAUGGAUUUACAGUUUCUCCAUUUUGGAUUAUUAUGGAUGAAAACACUCGCAAAAAAUUCUUUGCAUGGUUUAGUCGUAAUGGAAAAGUUGUUUCGAUAUUUACAUUAUUGGCAGCUUCUGAUAUUGAAGCAUUAAAGAUUCUACAAUCAAAUUUAGCAGGAAUCCGUCACGGCACCCCAAGUCAACAAAAAUCAGAUGACGAAGAUGACGACACUGGAGGUUCUAAAAAGAAUAUGGAUGUUAAAAGAAAAAGCAGAAGUGGGAAAGAUAAUGAAAAAGCUGAUGAAUAUAAUAAGUAUAAAACUCCUGGUGAUAAUUACGCAAAAGAUGAUUACUCUUGGGCCACUGAUAGAACUAGAGCGUCGAGAACGUCGACUAUGAGUAGUAGUGAUGAAACUAUGAUUAAUGGAGACCCUAGAGCGUCUAGAUCAAGUGUUCGGGAAUCCACUA